AUGGCCCCAGGCCAGGCGGUGGCAGGGCUUCUUCUGCUGGCGGCUGCAGGCCUCGGAGAAGUGACUGCGAGUCCGGGGCUUGAGUUCAGCGAGGAUGUGCUGAGCGUGUUUGGCUCGAAUCGGAGCCUGUCAGCGACGCAGCUGGAACGUCUGUUGGAGCAGUUGGGAGCCGCCUCUGGUGAAGGCGCUGUGCAACAAGGAAAGCUGCACUUCAACCAGUGUUUAUCUGCUGAAGAUAUCUUUUCCCUUCAUGGCUUUUCAAAUUCUACCCAGAUCACCAGCUCUAACUUCUCUAUCAUCUGUCCAGCAGUCUUACAGCAAUUGAGUUUUCACCCUUGCGAGGCUAUUUCCAAGCACAAAACAAAACCAAGUCUUUCAGAAGUUUGGGGAUAUGGAUUCCUAUCAGUGACAAUUAUUAACUUGGCAUCUCUUCUUGGAUUGAUUUUGACUCCGUUGAUCAAGAAACCUUAUUUUCCUAAGAUUAUGACCUAUUUUGUGGGACUGGCUAUUGGAACUCUGUUUUCAAAUGCAAUUUUCCAACUUAUUCCAGAGGCGCUUGGAUUCAAUCCCAAAAUUGACAACUAUGUUGAAAAAGCAGCUGCUGUGUUUGGUGGAUUUUACAUGCUUUUCUUUGUUGAAAGAAUGCUUAAGAUGUUACUGAAGACAUAUGGUCAAAAUGAUCAUACCCACUUUGCAAAUGAUGAUUUUGGUCCUUCUCAAGAAAAAACUCCUCAACCUAAAGCAGUACCUGCCAUUAAUGGUGUGACAUGCUACGCAAACCCUGCAGUCACAGAACCGAAUGGACACAUCCAUUUUGAUAAUAUCAACGUAGUAUCUCUACAGGAUGAAAAACAAGAGUCAAAUUCAUGCAUCUGCUUGAAAGGGCCUAAAUUGUCAGAAGUAGGGACAAUUGCUUGGAUGAUAACCCUCAGUGAUGCCCUCCACAAUUUCAUUGAUGGUCUGGCAAUUGGAGCUUCCUUCACCUUGUCGCUCCUUCAAGGACUCAGUACUUCCAUAGCAAUCCUGUGUGAGGAGUUUCCUCAUGAGCUAGGGGACUUUGUGAUACUACUCAAUGCUGGGAUGAGCCCUCGACAAGCUUUGCUAUUCAACUUUCUUUCUGCAUGUUCCUGCUAUGUUGGGCUAGCUUUUGGCAUUUUGGUAGGCAACAAUUUUGCUCCAAAUAUCAUCUUUGCCCUAGCUGGAGGCAUGUUCCUCUAUAUUUCUCUGGCAGAUAUGUUUCCAGAGAUGAAUGAUAUGCUGAGAGAAAAGGUAACCGGAAGAAAAACAGAUUUCACCUUUUUCAUGAUUCAGAAUGCUGGAAUGUUAACUGGAUUCAUAGCCAUUCUGCUCAUUACCUUGUUUGCAGGAGACAUUGAAUUGGAGUAGUAAAGAAUGGAAGAUGGUGCUGUUAAUGAAGGCAUUUAAUAAAU